GCGCGAGGGCGCCGCUCGGGGCCGCGCGAGGACGCCGCUCGGAGGCCGGAGGCGCGAGGACGCCGCUGUGGGGUCGCGUGAGGGCGCCGCGUGCAUCGCCGGACCACCACGCCAUCACCGCAGGAGGGCCGCGCGCCUCUGUGUGCCAGGAGAGCACCACCGGUAGGGGUAGGCCAUUGACGAGAUCUGAAACAGCUCAGUGAACGAGGUGUAGAUCCAUCCAUCUUGUGGUCUUGGUGAUGCGCAACAACCAGUCCCUUCAGAUCAAGAAGGUUCAAGUUCGGAAACCUCUUGUCAACAGAGAAGCCAUGGCCAAGGGAAAGGCUAAGGCUGAUGCUUUUGUACCUUCUCGUGAGAGGUCUCUGAAUUGGCAUGAGGAUCAGACAAAGUACAUGCUUGAGUGGUGCAUGGAGUAUUUGAAGAAAGAACAUGUAGGAUUCAAGUUCAAGAAGUCACAUCUCCUGUUGUGUGCCAAUGCUUUAAACAAAAAGUUUGCUAUGGGGGUGACCGUUGAUCAAGUGGACCGCCACUACAGGUACCACAAAGAAAAUUGGAAGUACAUUGCAAUAGCAUUGAGCAAUAGCGGCAAUACAUUUGAUGAAACUAGAUGCAUGGUGAUUAUUUCAGAAUCUGAAAAGGCGCGUUUAUGUGACAGAGCCAGACGCCUGCUUUCUAAGCCUAUUAAGUUCUACAAUGAAAUGAAAGAACUAUUCAUGGGAUCAAAUGCUAAUGGAUCUUUGGCUAUGGAUCAGAACACAUGCAUGGAUGUUGAUGAUGGCUCAGAUAGUGAUGACUCAAGAGAACUAAUUGACCUCAAUGCCUACACACUGCCUGAAGAAGUUGAAGGUGAGGAUUCAGAUACUUUGCCAACUCCAACUAUACAUGCACCGGUUGAUAUUCCAUCUUCCAGCACUGAUCAAGUUAGUAGGAAGCGUCCAAGAGCCAAGAACUCUCCAACUAAGAAACCAAAACGCAAGAGUCGUUUUGCAGACUCAACUGAUGAAAUAUCUGCUACAAUGAAGUCACUUCGAGAAACACUAGCUGCCACUGCCCCUCCUCCAAUGCCACAACUUAGUGAUCCUCAUGCAGCAUUAUGGGGAAGACUAGAGGCAAUUCCAAUGACAUCAGAUCAGAGGGUUCUUGUUGGUGAGCACUUAUCUUCCAAGGAGAAUAAAGGUAAGCGUGGCUGGUUGUGUAAUGCAAGUGAUGCUACUCUACAUGCUUGGGUGUUCAAGUUCUUAUGUGACAAGGAAGGCAUUAACCUUUGAAGGCUUGUGAGGUUGGCUGGUCAUAUUUUGUGCCAUGUCGAAGAACUUAGCUGGGUGCUUAUUUUGCUUGUGAUCAUGACUUAUGGUGGCUGAUCAUAUUGUGUGCCCAGAAACUUAUUUAUGUGCUUAGUUUGAUUGUCGUGAAGACUGAUGGCAUGUUGGAUGUGUGCUCACUUUGCCUGGGCUGUAAUGAGCCAUGCUUGGCUAGUUGCUGAUUUUGUAAUUAGUAUUGUAAUAUAAAUCUCCUAGGCUUAAACCUUCUACAUAUAUGUAUAUAUAUGUUGUUCUCUGAAAAAUGAGUGUGAUCCUACUAUGACAAUGAGGUAUUUUUCAUUCA